AUGGAUGUCACUAUUUGUGGGGGUCUGGCUGUUGUCGAAACAAGUCUGAUUCGAUUACUUUGGCCGCACCAUGAAGUUGGAGUGGACAGUCCCUAUGGCAUUUUCACGCGUCAUGCCUGGACCAUAUUCCUAGCCCAGUAUCUCGCAUUGAAAUACUACCGUAUUUUUCUGUACCACAAGUACUUUUCACCCCUUCGCCACGUCCCAGGUCCCACGAACAACCAUUUCUUCUUGGGGCAAACUAUCAACCUUCUGAAAGCCGAGACGCCAACCACUCUGUACGUCCAGUGGAUGAAGCAAUUCCCUGAUGCACCGUUCAUUAGAUACCUUUCAAUUGCCAAUACAGAGGUUCUGGUACCGAACAAUAUCAACGCUCACAAAGAAGUACUGCAGACACAAUGUUACUCCUUCUCCAAAUCCAAGUUCUUUCUGCGGAUUGUGAGGGAGGUUGCCGGACAUGGCCUAAUUCUCAUGGAGGGCGAUGAGCAUCGAGCUCACCGGAAAAUGCUGGGCGGCUCCUUCUCACUGCAAAAUAUUCGCAAACUAGAGCCAAUCUUCAAGGAAAAGGCCAAGGAUAUUUGCAGAUUCUUCGAAGAGACCAUAAAAAACAGUAAUGGGAUGACUGGCUCUUUUGAUUGCACAAAUACCUUUUCGAAGGCUAUUCUUGACAUAAUGGGCUCUGCCAUUUUGGGAGUUGAUCUAAAUUAUGUCAAGCCCGGAGAAGUGCACGACCAAAGACAAGAUGGUGUAGCCGGGCGAAAACAGAAUGGACUGCGCGAUAGAUGCACAUUUCACGAGGCAUACGACCUCUUCUUCUCUCCAGGCACGGUCGGGAAAUUGCUUCUAUUCAUGAACGGGUGGGUUCCGACCAGGUGGUUGCCACUUGAGGCUAACCGAGAGUUCCUCUCCGCUAUGGAUUGGCUAAACGAAGUGUUGACAACGAUUAUACGGGAUCGCUAUCGUGUUAUUCGGGCUGCCAUGCAAGAUGGAACCUAUGAACAGAAAGACUCAAGAGACUUUGUGACUUUCGUCGUUGAAGAAAGCAUAAGGGGCGGCACAGCGCAAAUGAUUGGAGAAAAAGAAUUCUUAGGCCAUAUCCUAGAGUUCAUGGCUGCAGGCCACGAUACCUCGGCCAAUAUGCUGUCUUGGAGCUGCUACAUCAUGGUCACAAACCACAGCAUACAAGAUAGGCUCCGUGAGGAAAUUGGCUCUCUGUCAGCUGAGCCGUCUUUCGUGGAGAUGGAUAAGCUGCCUUACCUAGAGAAUUUUGUCAAAGAAGCGCUGCGCAUGUACUCACCAUCCACCACCUACCACCGAGAGGCUAACCACGACCUUACAAUUGAGGGUAUUCACAUUCCCAAAGGCACGCCUUUAGACCUUUGUCCUUCUGUCACCCAUUCCAACCCUACAAUCUGGGGGGCUGACGCAGACAGCGCCGACCCCACUCGAUGGGAGCAUCUGAACGCUCAACAGGCAUCACCGUAUGCCUUUGAGGCAUUCUCAAACGGGCCGCGUAUAUGCAUCGGAAAGCAGUUCGCACAGUUUGAGAUCAAGACCAUAUUGGUGGAGAUGGUGCGCAAUUAUCGGUUUCUGACCGUUGAACACCCUUUCAAGGUGGAGAACCCUGGGUUCACGUUGAGGCCGGGCGGACUCGAAGUGAGGAUAGAGAAGAUCUAG